AUGCCCAUCACUCGGAAAGCAUUAUCGUCUUUGAAGCAGCUGAAGGUUCAGCUGGAAGACCUGCGAUCUUCAUUUGACGACAUCUCUGGUUUCAUUCAGAAGUUUUCUGAUGCGACCACUGCUACCCAGGUAGACGUUCGGCUGGAGCGAAUCGACGAUUUGUGGGAGAGAUUUAGCGAGAACUUGGUCGAGCUACGAUCUCAUGAAGAGUUUGAGGACGAAGAGAAUCAGCUUGGGAAGUUGCGCAAGCAGAUGAGUGAUCGAUAUUAUGAAGCUAAAACGUUUUUGUUGGACAAAAGCAAAGCCCUUCAUGCCCCUCCGGCCGUGGAUCAGUCUCUUCUCGAACAACCGGCAGCAAAUGUUGUUGAUCAUGUCAGGUUACCGCAAAUUAAUCUUCAAACGUUCAGUGGUGAUAUCGAUGAGUGGUUGAGCUUCCGAGACUUGUUCACGUCGCUCAUCCACUGGAGAACCGAUUUGCCGGAAGUGGAGAAGCUUCAUUAUUUGAAGGGGUGCCUUCAGGGUGAGCCGAAAAGCCUAAUCGAUCCCCUGAAGAUUACCAAGGCAAAUUACCAGAUAGCUUGGGAAACGCUGAUGAAAAGAUACAACAACAACAAGCUAUUGAUGAAGAAGCAGGUGCAAUCAUUCUUCAUGCUACCGACUUUUGGCAGAGAAUCUGUUGUUGAUCUGCGUUCUCUGGUAGAGGGUUUUGAGCGAAUCGUCCAAACAUUAGAUCAAGUUGUGGAACCUGUCGAUUACAAGGAUCUUUUGCAGGCGGAUUCCAAGGUUACCCAUCCACAACAAACAACGACAAAAUCAAGAGUUUCAACAACCAAGGCCAGUUAUAACUCGGUUGAAGCAUCAUCAGGAAGAUGUGUGGCUUGCAAGGAUAGCCACCAUCUAUUUCAAUGUUCCGUAUUCCAAAAACUUUCUGUGGCGGACAAGGAUGCUAUGUUGAAAUCCCAUGGGCUUUGCCGGAAUUGUUUCCGGCCGGGGCAUCAGGCAAAGGAUUGCCUAUCAAAAUUCCGCUGCCGGAUCUGUAGAAGACGUCACCACACCCUGGUUUGUUUCAAAUCGGAGAAGGGUAAUACUGCAUCGGUCGCAGAGGCUGCUGGGGGUAGCCACCCUUCAAACUCCAAGGAUUCCCAGGGUUCUUCAGGUUCCAGUUCUAUUCAAGUGGUGAAUAUGGCAGCAACAGACGUUUCGGUGAGCGGUGCGGCAAAUCAAGUUACGUCGCAGGUUUUGUUAGCGACAGCGGUGGUCAUCGUCGAGGAUGACUUUGGCGUAAAGUACCACGCUCGUGCUCUUCUUGAUUCGGGCUCAGAGAGCAACUUCGUUUCGGAACGCUUGGUACAAAGGAUGAAGGUGGUCAGAAAGAAGAUCGACGUUUCAGUCCUGGGCAUAGGACAAGGGAUCACCAAGGUCAAACACAUGGUUCAAGCAGCCAUUCGCUCGCGGAUUUCGGACUUCUCGCGAGACAUGAGGUUCCUGGUAUUAUCCAAGGUAACCGCAAACCUACCUACAACUUCAAUCAAUACGGAGCGGUGGGUUCUACCAAAAGGGAUUGAGCUUGCUGAUCCAGCAUUUUUCACGUCUAAGGAAGUCGACAUCGUGUUAGGUAUCGAGGCCUUCUUUGAAUUCUUCAAGUCAGGACGAAGGAUCACAAUCGGUAAAAACUUACCAAGCCUUACGGACUCAGUGUUUGGCUGGGUAGUUUGUGGUGGGUGCUCAAUUCCUAGCGAAUCCCUUCAAAUCAACUGCCACUUCUCUACAUCCAAGGAUCUGGAAAAGUUGAUGGCGCGAUUCUGGUCCUGCGAGGAGGUGGAAUUUUCGGAUACCUGUUCGCUAGAGGAGAAGAAGUGUGAAGAAAUUUUCCAGCGUGGAGUUCAGAGAAAUGACAGAGUGGUCGUUACGUUGUUCCACUACUUAAAAAAGAGGACUUUCUUCCAAACCUGGACUGGCAAGGGACGCUCACUUGCCUUUAUGGACGAGUACCUGAAAUUGGGACACAUGAGCAAGGUUGAGGAAGCUACAGUGGACAAGGUUAAAAGAUGUUUUCUACCGCAUCAUCCGGUAGUCAAGGAGGCCAGUACCACCACCAAGGUCAGGGUGGUCUUCGAUGCUUCUUGCAAAACGUCUGAAGUGUUCUUAAAUGAUGUACUUCUGGUAGGGCCAGUUGUACAUGAUGAUUUGAGGUCAAUAAUUCUACGCAGCCGAACAAAGCAGGUUCUCCUCGUGUUGGACGAGGAGAAAAUGUUUCGGCAGAUCCUCCCUCGGCCAACGGAUCGACCACUCCAAUCUAUACUAUUCCGGUUUGCUCCGGAGGAGGAAGUUGCAGUGUACGAACUCAACACCGUUACAUACGGAACCAAACCCGCACCAUUUCUAGCCACCCGAACCCUUCAACAGUUGGCUGCUGACGAAGCCGAUCGUUUCCCGCUCGCGGCAAGAGCAAUUCGUGAAGAUGUUUAUAUGGACGACGUCAUCACCGGUACGGACGAGGUGGAACUAGCCGUCAGUACUAGGAAUCAACUGACUGAAAUGAUGCAGUGCGGUGGGUUUAAACUACGGAAGUGGGCUUGUAAUGUCCCAGAAGUUCUUGAUUGUGUACCCGAAGAAAACCUGGCAAUACGAGAACCCACAGGAAUUAUUCUGGAUCCUGAGCAAUCCGUCAAAACUCUAGGACUAACGUGGAUACCCCAUACUGAUACUCUCCGUUUCCAGUUUGCUGUCCCACCGAUUGAACCAGGAGUUCCUUUAACGAAACGUCAAAUACUCUCACAGAUCGCAACAUUAUUCGAUCCACUUGGCUUGAUUGGGGCCACGACUUCAUCAGCCAAGAUUUUCAUGCAGCAACUCUGGACUUUGGAAGAUGGAAAGGGUAAUCGGUUAGACUGGGAUCAGCCCGUACCUUCAAUGGCCUUGCAAAGGUUUGUUUCAAGGAGAGGCAGGGACUCCGAUAUUUAUUCGGAUAAUGGUACGAACUUCGUCGGUGCACGGAACAAGCUAACAGAGCUCCAAGGUUUGAUGAAGGAUCGUAUCCACCGUGAGAGAAUUACUAGCGAAAUGGCAAAGGACGGCAUUCAGUGGCAUUUCAAUCCACCUAGCGCGCCACAUUUCGGUGGACUUUGGGAGGCUGCAGUCCGGUCGACCAAGAAUCAUCUCAUGAAGGUAAUUGGCGAAAAUCCGGUCUCAGCAGAGGAUUUCUCCACGCUUUUGACACAGGUAGAAGCAUGUCUAAACUCCCGGCCCUUGACACCGAUGUCCGAUGAUCCCAAUGAUUUGGAGCCCUUGACACCGGCUCAUUUUCUCAUCGGAUCAUCCCUGCAAGCACUUCCCGAUCCUGCACUAACGUCCAUCCCAGCGAAUCGUCUGAACCAUUACCAGUUGAUGCAACAAAAAUUACAAAAUUUCUGGAUCAGGUGGCGUCGAGAGUACUUAAGUCAACUGCAAGCAAGAGCAAAGAGAUGGAAGCCAGCGGUUCCUGUUGAUGUCGGCAAGCUCGUCGUGGUUAAGGAUGAUAACUUGCCCCCUAUGCGUUGGAAGUUGGCCAGAAUCAUCGCUGUACAUCCUGGCAAGGACAAAAUUGUUAGAGUUGUAACCUUGAAAACUGCCUGUGGAGAACUGAAACGACCGGUAGAGAAAAUUUGUAUUCUUCCACUCCCAAGUACCCACAGUGAAGAAGAUAAAACGAUGCUGUAA